AUGUCGUCUUCAAAGGUGCCAACAGGCCACUUCAAGAUCCUCUACUUCGCAUCCGCAAGCUCCUACACUUUGAAAGAUUCUGAAGUUCUGCCUGCCCCACUCCCGAUUGCGAAGUUGUUCGAUACACUUGAUGAGCGGUAUAGGGGCAUGAAGGGUAAGGUCCUUGAGAGCUGUCUGGUGACGGUCAAUCUGGAAUACGUCGAUGUUCCGGAAGUCGCACAUGUGGAAACGGCGAGCGAUUAUAUUAUUUGUGAGGGUGACGAGGUCGCCAUCAUCCCUCCCGUGAGCUCUGGGUGA